AUGAGAGGCCGUGUGACUUCGGCUCAGGCCAAGACGCUGCUGCACAACAAGUUUGUGGUGGUUCUGGGAGGAUCAGUUCAGCGUUCCAUGUACAAAGAUCUGGUGCGACUCCUUCAGACAGACCGCUUCCUGACCAUGUCUCAGCUCAAGACCAAAGGGGAGCACUCGUUUGAGAGUGACCAUCUGGUGGAGGGCGGUCAGCUGGGCGUCCUGUCCAAUGGCACAGACUACAGAGAGGUGCGGGAGUUCCACACAGACCACCACCUGCUGCGCUUCUACUUCAUCACACGAGUCUACAGCCCGUACAUGCAGAGGGUCCUGGACGAGCUGAGGGAGGGGCCGCCGCCGGACCUCGUCAUCGCCAGCUCCUGCGCCUGGGACAUGACCCGGUACGGCCAGAACUGUCUGGAGAAGUACAAGGAGAACCUGCACAGCUUCUUGGGGCAGAUGCAGACGCUGGUGUGUGGUCCGGGGCUGGUGCUGUGGACUCUGGCCAUGCCUCUGGCCCGGCAGAUCCGAGGGGGCUUCCUGGUGCCUGAGGUGAGUCACUUAGGCCCCUCCCUCUGCUAUGACAUCAUCGAGGCGAACUUCUACAGUGGGCUUCUGGCCGACGCCUACGGUCUGGACACUGUGGACCUGCACUUCCACUUCAGGAGGAGCCUGCAGCACCGGGAGCCGGACGGGGUGCACUGGGACGCUCUGGCCCAUCGCUCCAUCAGCACCCUCCUCCUGCUGCACCUGGCCCAGGCCUGGGGGGUCCUGCUGAGGGUCCACUCUGCUGGCCCCGCCCCCCCUGUGUCCAAGAGGAAGCGGUGUAAAGUGAAGUGGCCCCCUCCCCCUCCUCCCCCUCCUCCCCCUCCUCCCCCUCCUCACCCACUCAGGGACCCAGGACUGCGGGGGUGUCCUGGAUACAGAUCUCCAGACGCAGCUGUGAGUGAGUCCAAUUGGGACUUCCCUGAACCCGGACUGAGGAUGGACCCCUUCCCAGCCCCACGACCACUGAGACAGCCUCCCCCCAGGCCCAGACCCGAGUUUCCAGACGCAGCUGUGAGUGAGUCCACGUGGGACUUCCCUGAACCUGGACUGAGGAUGGAUCCCUUCCCAGUCCCACGACCAUGGAGACCACCUCCCCCCAGGCCCAGACCCGAGUCUCCAGACGCAGCUGUGAGUGAGUCCAUGUGGGACUUCCCUGAACCUGGACUGAGGAUGGACCCUUUCCCAGUCCCACGACCACGGAGACCACCUCCCCCCAGGCCCAGACCCGAGCCUCCAGACGCAGCUGUGAGUGAGUCCACAUGGGACUUCCCUGAACCUGGACUGAGGAUGGAUCCCUUCCCAGUCCCACGACCACGGAGACCACCUCCCCCCAGGCCCAGACCCGAGUCUCCAGACGCAGCUGUGAGUGAGUCCAUGUGGGACUUCCCUGAACCUGGACUGAGGAUGGACCCUUUCCCAGUCCCACGACCACGGAGACCACCUCCCCCCAGGCCCAGACCCGAGCCUCCAGGUCGGUCUGGAGGUUGGGGCCCGGUGCGAGGUGGACGGUGGGGGGAAGAGAGCUGGAGGAGGCCCAUCAGGAGUCACCCGUACCCCCCUGCAGCAGCCAGGCCUCUCACCUGGGGCUGGUGA